GAAGCAAAUGAGUGGGUGAGCAAUAUGACGCAUGAAAUGAUCACUUCAGUUAUUCAAGCGAGCGAAAUUUCAACGGAAUCACACCUGAUGUUGCUCAAUGCAGUUUAUUUCAAAGGUGCAUGGAAAGAAAAAUUCGAUGAAAAAUGGACUGAGUCCAAUCAUGCAAAAUUCCAGAUACCAAUGAUGGCAACGCUUGGAUAUUUUCCGAUUUUCGAGGAUGAUGAGGUGCAAGUGCUGGCGAUGCCAUAUGAAGGCGAUGAAAAUAUGAGUAUGUACAUCAUUUUACCGCGAAAACACUCCGGUCUAGAGGAUGUUGAACGCAGUCUUAACGGUUCAAAGAUGAUGCACUACUUUCAAAAUUGCAAAGCGUCAAAGGAAUUUUAUGUGCGAAUGCCUAAGUUCGCAUUAGAAAGCGAACUGGAUCUGGUCGAUGUACUUGAAAGUAUGGGAAUUAUAAAGGCAUUCGCCGGAAUAGCUGAUUUUACCGGCAUGGCAUUUUACUGGCCACUCUUCAUCAAGCAAGCGAAGCACAAGGCCGUUAUUGAGGUGAAUGAAGAGGGGGAAGAAGCAGUAGUAGCAGCAGCAGCAGCAGUGGAUGAGGUACGCAAUUCGAAAUUCAUCGCCGAUCACCCAUUUCUGUUUGUAAUUGCCAAAGAUGGGAAAGAUAUUUUCUUUAUCGGUCGCUUUGCUGGCUAG